GAUCACUCCACAUCACUGCUAAUUUUCCAAUUUUUCAAAGUUUUCCUAAAUCUUCUGUACCGGUAAAAUGCACUGAAUCCCGGGACCGGACGGUGUAUCACUUGCUGAGAGGAAGCGGGCGGCAAGGGACGCUUUCUAGAAGAUAAGGAUCUGGCUGUGGAAGGGACAAAACAACACCAAAACUUCAAGUUAACUCAAGAAGAAUGGAUCUUAAGGGAGCAGCAGCUGAAGAGGGAACACAGAAGAAAAAGAAGAAACCUUUAGUGCCACCAUCUCCACGCCCUCCCCGGUCAUUGUUUUGUUUAGGCCUUCAAAAUCGGUUCAGAAAAGGCUGCAUAAGCAUUGUAGAAUGGAAACCAUUUGAAAUUAUUAUUCUUCUCACAAUUUUUGCAAAUUGUGUGGCACUAGCAAUCUAUUUACCAAUGCCGGAGGAUGAUACAAAUGCAACAAAUGUUGUCUUGGAGAAAGUUGAAUAUAUAUUUCUGUUUAUUUUCACAAUUGAAGCAUUUUUGAAGAUUGUAGCAUAUGGACUCAUAUUACAUACAGAUGCUUAUCUUCGCAAUGGCUGGAAUAUCCUUGACUUCACAAUUGUGUCUGUAGGGGUUUUCUCAGUACUCUUAGAGCAAAUUAAUAAACUGCAAGGUAUAACAGCCCCAGGAGGAAAAGGAACUGGAUUUAAUGUCAAGGCCCUGAGAGCAUUUCGUGUUUUGCGACCACUUCGUCUGGUUUCUGGAGUUCCCAGUCUUCAAGUGGUGCUAAACUCCAUUAUUAAAGCAAUGGUUCCCCUUCUGCAUAUAGCAUUGCUGGUCCUUUUCAUGAUCAUUAUAUAUGCUAUUGUAGGACUAGAGCUGUUUUCUGGGAAGAUGCACAAGACUUGUUAUUAUAAAGGAACAGAUAUUUUAGCCUCGGUGGAAAAACCUGCUCCUUGUAGCACUACAGGUCAAGGUCGUCAGUGCACAAUCAAUGGAACGGUGUGCAGGGGGUGGUGGCCAGGUCCCAACAAUGGUAUUACUCAUUUUGACAACUUUGGUUUUGCUAUGCUGACUGUAUACCAGUGUAUAACUAUGGAGGGCUGGACAGAAGUACUUUACUGGGUAAAUGAUGCAAUUGGAAAUGAAUGGCCUUGGAUUUACUUUGUAAGCCUUAUCCUACUGGGGUCCUUUUUUGUGCUAAAUUUAGUACUUGGAGUCCUGAGCGGCGAAUUUACAAAAGAGCGUGAAAAAGCCAAAUCUCGUGGUGCUUUCCAAAAGCUGCGAGAACAGCAGGCUAUGGAUGAGGAUUUAAGAGGGUAUUUGGACUGGAUCACUCAUGCAGAAGUAAUGGAUCCUGAUAUGGAACCGAGAGAUGGGCUUUUACAAUUAGAAGAAGGUGGCUCAGAAACCGAAAGCCUGAAUGAAAUGGAAGGAAUCAAUAAAUGUAUCUCCUUUUUUCGUCAGUGGCGCCAAUGGCAUCGUCUGCUUCGCCGAAAAAGUCGUGCUCUUGUAAAGUCUAGAUUAUUCUACUGGCUUGUUAUCAUCAUUAUACUUGUGAACACUGUUGUCAUUGCAACCGAACACCACAAUCAACCAGAAGCAUUUACAAAAGCCCAAGACAUUGCAAACCAGGUACUGCUUGUUGUGUUCACAAUGGAGAUGAUCUUGAAGAUCUAUGCACUUGGUUUACAGUCAUAUUUUAUGUCCCUCUUCAAUCGAUUUGACUGCUUUGUGGUAUGCACAGGACUUCUUGAAGUCAUGCUAGUUGCCAGUAACAUCAUGUCUCCACUUGGAAUAUCUGUUUUGCGGUGUAUACGGCUUCUUCGGAUAUUUAAGAUAACACGAUAUUGGACAUCACUAAACAACCUUGUGGCUUCACUACUCAACUCAGUCCGCUCCAUUGCGUCCCUUCUACUUUUGCUUUUUCUCUUCAUGAUCAUCUUUGCUCUUCUUGGCAUGCAAAUGUUUGGUGGAAAGUUUGACUUUGAAGACACAGAAAUAAGGAGAAGCACUUUUGAUACCUUCCCACAAGCAUUGAUAACAGUUUUUCAGAUUUUAACAGGAGAGGAUUGGAAUUCCGUGAUGUAUAAUGGAAUUAUGGCAUAUGGUGGCCCAUCCUUCCCAGGAAUGUUCGUCUGUAUUUACUUUAUCAUUCUAUUUGUUUGUGGAAAUUAUAUUUUAUUAAAUGUCUUUCUUGCUAUUGCUGUUGAUAACCUUGCUGAGGCUGAGAACCUUACAUCUGCACAGAAAGCAAAGGCAGAGGAACGGAAGAGAAAGAAAUUGGCAAGAUCACAGCCAGAUAAGUCUGAAGAAGAAAAGCUGUUAUUAGCGAAGAAAUUAGAACAAAAAGCCAAGGGGGAUGGAAUACCAACAACAGCUAAGCUAAAGAUAGAUGAAUUUGAAUCAAAUGUAAAUGAAAUCAAGGAUCCUUAUCCUUCUGCAGACUUUCCAGGUGAUGAUGAAGAAGAAGAGCCUGAUAUUCCCCUGAGUCCUCGUCCUCGCCCUUUGGCUGAACUACAGUUAAAAGAGAAAGCUGUGCCUAUGCCAGAAGCCAGCUCAUUCUUUAUUUUUAGUCCAACAAACAAAAUCCGAGUUCUGUGUCAUCGUAUAAUCAACGCUACAACGUUCACCAAUUUCAUCCUGCUCUUCAUUUUACUAAGCAGUAUUUCUUUGGCAGCUGAAGAUCCUAUUAGAACAGACUCUUUCCGUAAUGUGAUUCUCUCUUAUUUUGAUGCUGUCUUUACUGCCAUUUUUACAACUGAAAUUGUCCUUAAGAUGACUGUAUAUGGGGCUUUCCUGCAUAAAGGUUCAUUCUGUAGAAACUAUUUUAACAUUCUCGAUCUCUUGGUUGUUGGAGUUUCUCUGAUUUCAAGCUGGAUACAGUCCAGUGCUAUCUCUGUAGUAAAGAUUCUUAGGGUACUCAGAGUUUUACGUCCUCUUCGAGCAAUAAACCGCGCUAAAGGUCUGAAGCAUGUAGUGCAAUGUGUAUUUGUAGCCAUUAAAACUAUUGGAAAUAUUGUCCUGGUAACAACGCUCCUGCAGUUCAUGUUUUCCUGCAUUGGUGUACAGCUUUUCAAGGGAAAAUUUUACAGCUGCACUGAUAGCACAAAGAUUACACAAGAAGACUGCAGGGGCUAUUUUAUUGAUGUUAAAGAUGGAGACCCUACUCAGCUGCAGCUGAAGCCAAGAAUUUGGAUGCACAGCGAUUUCCAUUUUGAUAAUGUACUCUCUGGAAUGAUGUCUCUUUUUACCAUCUCCACCUUUGAGGGCUGGCCACAGUUACUAUACAGAGCUAUAGACUCACACACCGAGGACAUGGGACCUAUCUACAAUUACCGCAUCGAAAUUGCUGUCUAUUUCAUUAUCUACAUAAUUCUCAUUGCUUUCUUCAUGAUGAAUAUUUUUGUUGGCUUUGUCAUUGUAACCUUUCAAGAACAAGGAGAGCAGGAAUAUAAGAACUGUGAAUUAAACAAAAAUCAAAGACAGUGUGUACAGUAUGCCCUAAAGGCCCGUCCUCUGCGUCGGUACAUUCCAAAAAACCCUUACCAGUAUAAAGUCUGGUAUUUGGUUACAUCUUCAUAUUUUGAAUACUUGAUGUUUGCACUCAUCAUGUUGAAUACCAUUAGUCUUGGAAUGCAGCAUUAUGGACAGACUGCUGAAUUUAGUCAUGUGUCAGACAUCCUGAAUGUAGCUUUCACUGGAAUCUUCACUGUUGAAAUGCUAUUAAAACUAGCAGCUUUCAAAGCCAAGGGUUAUUUCGGGGAUCCCUGGAAUGUCUUUGAUUUCCUAAUUGUCAUAGGCAGUGUAAUUGAUGUUAUCCUGAGUGAGAUAGAUACACCAGGCAUCCCUGCAACACCAGGAGCAGAAGAUUCCUCAAGGAUCUCCAUUACAUUUUUCCGUUUGUUUCGUGUUUUGCGCUUAGUAAAACUGUUGAGUCGUGGUGAGGGAGUAAGAACCCUGCUCUGGACCUUCAUAAAAUCCUUUCAGGCUCUGCCAUAUGUGGCUCUACUCAUUGUAAUGCUGUUUUUUAUCUAUGCUGUCAUUGGAAUGCAGGUCUUUGGUAAAAUUGCUAUGGUUGAUGGAACACAAAUAAACCGAAACAAUAACUUCCAGACCUUUCCACAGGCAGUAUUGCUACUCUUCAGGUGUGCAACUGGGGAGGCCUGGCAGGAGAUCCUUUUAGCCUGUUCUUAUGGUAAAAUGUGUGACCCAGAGUCAGAUUUCUUGCCUGGUGAAGAGUAUACAUGUGGAACAGGUUUUGCUUACUUCUAUUUCAUUAGUUUCUACAUGCUGUGUGCAUUUUUGAUUAUUAAUCUCUUUGUUGCUGUGAUCAUGGAUAAUUUUGACUACCUGACCCGUGAUUGGUCAAUUCUUGGUCCACAUCACUUGGAUGAAUUUAAAAGGAUCUGGGCUGAGUAUGACCCAGAGGCAAAGGGACGAAUCAAGCAUUUAGAUGUUGUCACUCUUCUGAGAAGAAUUCCCCCUCUAGGUUUUGGAAAAUUCUGCCCACAUCGUGUGGCAUGUAAGAGGCUAGUCAGUAUGAACAUGCCGUUAAACAGUGAUGGAACUGUUACAUUCAAUGCCACUUUAUUUUCACUAGUGAGAACAGCAUUAAAGAUAAAAACUGAAGGUAACUUUGAACAGAGCAAUGAAGAGCUGCGAAUGAUUAUAAAGAAGAUUUGGAAAAGAACAAGCAUGAAGCUGCUGGACCAGGUGAUCCCACCAAUUGGAGACGAUGAAGUUACUGUUGGGAAAUUUUAUGCCAUCUUCUUGAUACAAGAACAUUUCCGAAAGUUUAAGAAACGUCAGGAGGAGUAUUAUGGAUAUCGACCUAAAAGAAAUGCUGUAGAGAUCCAGGCUGGCUUGCGCAGUGUGGAAGAAGAGGGAGGUGAAGGUGAACUAAAACGUGCAAUAUCUGGUGAUCUGACACCUGAAGAAGAAUUGGAGAGAGCCAUGGUUGAAGCAGCCAUUGAAGAAGGAAUUUAUCGGAGGACAGGUGGACUGUUUGGGCAAGAAGACAGUUUUCACACUGAGCCUAUCAGUCCUAUACAUACAACUGUCACCAGCCAGCGACCCCUGCGCUUUUCUGAAGGUGGUGGUGAGGACCUAGAUUCACCAGUAUUUCUACCAGAUCCUGUAUUUUUCCCACCACCAAGAAGAAACCGCAACACAAAUAAUAGCAAAAUAACAAGUGGACUUGAACACAGCCUUACUACUUCAAACUUUGCAAAAGCUCAACAGGAAGAAGAUCAGUGUGACUCUGUUAGUACCAGCAGUAAAGAGGAGCUGAAUUUCUUGAAAAUGUGAAGACAACAAGCCAAGUACCUUAAUCACAGAAGACUUGGGUUUUACUGACAUAUUUACAGUUUCACAACACUGUGAAUUAUUUCUACAGUAUGUCUAGGAGAUAGGUGAUAAAAUAAAAUCUUUUCAAUUUC